GCUGUUGCUCAUAGCUAAAAAGAUAGUAGUCUUGUACUCUUGUUCCAUUUCUAUGGUCCAUUUUCUCAUUAGUGGUUGUUGUAGCUACUCCCACAAACAUGGCAACUGCUGCCUCAACUCUCUCCUAUGCCUUCAGCAGCAGCAGCAGGUUCUUGAUCAAGAAUAAUGGCUAUUCUCGCCACCGUCCAAAUGUCACAUUAUCCACUGAGGAACAACCAUGUUCCUCUUCAGCCUGCUAUCAAGGGGCACUACUGUCUUACGGUCUGCAAAAGCAACGAGUACAGAUAAAUAGCACGUCAAAGACUAUGACAAUGAGAAGACUGAGAUCAGUGGGAAGACAAAAGAAAACAGUAGUUAGAUGUAGCAUUGAACUUGAGGACUUCAUAGGUGGAGAUCUCAUUAAGUUGGAUUUAGGCCAAUGGUUAUCAGAUGUUGAAGAACACAAAGCCUUAGCAAUUUAUUCUCCACACGAAGGCGGUUAUGAAGGGCGCUACCUUACACGUCUUAAAUACCAAGGAUAUCAUUUCUUGGAUCUUUCUGCUCGUGGCCUCGGUGAUCCUGAAACCACUCUUACUAAGUUUCACCCUGUCUGCCCUGCGCAUGUUGGGAAGCAACCAAUAGCUAGAUGGUAUUUUCCUCCAGAAGUUGAUUAUAGGCUUUCUUUACUUCCUCCAAAUGCCAAAGGACUAGUGGUUUGGAUAAUAGAAGCCAAGGUAUUAUCAAAGGCAGAGCUGCAGUUUCUUGCUUUACUUCCAACGCUUCGUCCUAAAGUAAAGGUCAUCGCAGAGUGUGGUAACUGGAGAAAGUUCAUGUGGAAGCCACUCAAGGAAAUUGCAGGUUUAUCUCAAUCAUAGGAAUAAUAAGUCCACCAUAUUGGAACUUGACUAUGCUUUUUCUGGGCCGAGGGUCUCUCAAAAACAGUCUCUAUACCUUCAUAAGGUAGGGGUAAGGUCUGCGUAUAUACUACCCUCCUCAGACCUCACUUGUGGGAUUCAAUGGGAUCGUCGUCCUUGUUGUUGUUGUUGUAUAUUGGAACUUGAAACUAUAACAUAGACAUUUGCUUAAGGUGUUGCAAAUGUAUACAUCAAUGUAUAUGAAGUUCAGCAAAAAUUUCAGAUGCUACCUUAUAUAUAAUCAUGCAUUUUCCCUCCCA